AAAAAAACCAUUUUUUGUUAUGUUUGCGUUGUGGAGGAAAUUAGAAUUGGCAGAAACCGUAUAUUUUCGACCGUUGGCCAGCUACUCGUCAAGCAGUUUAAGCAGUUUCAACCAGAUUGAUGUGGUAAAAAAAAAUCCGGUCACAGUAAGUCAUGAGCCUGAAGUGCUUGAAACGAAAUUUAAAUCGGCCACACAUCCAUUGCAAAUAUUGAGUACAUUACCAUCAAAUCCAUCCGAUUAUCGAUCGAUGCCGGGUGAAACAGUCAUACGUGCCUUACAAACCAUAGCUGUGCUACAGAGAGCCAACAAAGACACCGUCAAAUGUGAUUUCAUUACAACGCAUCCGACGUUCGAGCAAUUGUGCCGUCGUUUAAAACGAUGCAGUACAAUGUUUACCUCUGACGAAUUGGUUAAAUCAUUUAAAUUCCUGUGUUCAUUGGGCGUUCCAACGAAUAGUGAAAUAUCAUUGGUGCUAUUGAAUUUGAUUCGACAUGAAAUCAACAAUUUGUCGGUGGAUAAAAUCAUUUACUUGGAUUAUGUACUGAGCCAAACGGAAUGCCGGUCAGAGCUACAGAAAACCAUUCAGUCAUCGCUGCCAAUCGUUUUUGAGCUUCAAGUUACACAACAAAUCGAUAAAGAGAAUAGUGUGCCCGAGUUAGUCAGUAUUCUGAAUUAUCUAACCAGCCACAAAGAUAUCGACAUCAAAAAUGAAAACAUGAAGAUAAUUUGCAAAAUUCUGUGCGAUAAACAUGAGGAAAUCAAAGCAGAAGAUGCCAUCAAUAUCAUUUACCAUUUGUGUACGAUCGGACGGUUUACUUUGCCAAACAGCAUCAAAUUGAUGGCCACAAGCAUACGACGGCUAAUGGAUCAAAUUUCAGACGUUGAUAUUAAUGAGUUACAAAAAGUCAUCAAUCGCCUUGUUGCAACCACAGUCAACCAUUUUUCACCAUUUCAAUUUCAUCUGCACAGCCUUCUAAAGAGCGCCGCCGAACGGAUUUCGCAAGAAGAUUUGGGAUUAGGAGCGGCUUUGGCGCUGCAGAAAACAAUUAAGAACAUUAGUUUCCAAAGCGCAGCAUUGUUGAAGUACAUGGGCGAUAAAAUGGUAUCAAAUGUUGAUAGCUGUCGAACGAUGAGCUCUUUCGAAGUGUUUACAAUCAUCCAGGCAUUUGCAAAUAAUUGUUACACACCCGAAAGUCCGGAAGGCACUGAUAUCUGGUCAGAUCGCAUUGUUCCGGCGAUUUUAGCCAAUGAAAAUCUGGCACACAUCCAAUUAAACAAUUAUGUUUGGUUGCCAUUCACAUUGCAACUUGUAGUCCUUGGUCAUUUUAAUCGGGAAUUGAUUUCACGCGUACUUGGCCCAUCAUAUUUGGAGGGUUAUUUGCGUCGAAAAGAUCUAUCUGCACAUGAUUUGUAUAAAAUUCUAGUUUUAUAUCAAACCGUAUCAAUGCAAACGAACAUCAAUCUCUCUGCGGUAGACAAAAAAGCGAUAUCGAGAGUCUGUAAGAGCUACAUCGAACAGCUACCAUCGUGUGAUAUUCAACUCGACCUGAUUGACCAUAUGGGAAGAACGAGUGUAUUGACAAAUGUCAGAACCAAAAAUAUGCACAUAAUCCAUACAUUAGUGAAAUUCAACAAGAAAACAGGCCAUAUCGAACCAUUCACCGGUGAAUUCACUCGCGAUGAAGAUGGUUUUGUCGCAUUGGAAGACGUUUCGUGCAACGACAAUGAAGUGCUCGUUUGCGUGGAUUCAUUGAAGCGUUAUCAUCUGCUAUCAAAUGUUAGUGCAAGGAAAUUCUUAUUCGGCGUGCGAGAUGUUAACGAGGAUUCAAAGAUAGGUACAUUUCGAUUACGACCAAAACAACUCGAACAAUUGGGCGUAGCUGUAUGUGAGAUCAACUAUCGAAGGUAUCGAGCACUUCGACUGAGACACAAAGCCAAAUAUCUUCAAGAAAGCAUCGCUAAACACGCACAGAAAAUAGAGCAAAGCUUAGAUUAAACAUUGCUGGUUGUAGAACUUUAUGAUGAUUUAAAUAAAAAAUGACGAACAGUUUAAAA